GUAGCGUCAUCAUAAUCAUCAUCGUCAUCACUACCACCACCACCAUCAUCAUCAUCUGCCUGGACAAUUGUGGGCCAGCCGCCACCGUUUCGGCUGCAUCCAGGCGACCCCGGAGGUCCAGGGCUGCUGGAAGGCGCCGGACGCGUUGUACCACGAGCGGCUGGGGCAUGGCCGACGAGUGGGGAAACAGUGAUGAUAGCCACCGGGAACAGCGGAAGCGACCGGCAGAGGACGGCACAGGCGGUCAGAGCGAGGCCAAGGUGCCCAGGCUCCUCAGCGAGGACGAGAAGGGCGAGGACAACUUGGGGACGCCUCCGGAACAAGAGCGAGCCGACCCAGGCACCAAGCGGAGCAACGACACCGACAGAGGCGACAAACAGGCAGGCAAAGCGGACGCAUUGAACGGCGAGAGGGAUCCCAAGGUGCGAAGGGUCGCCGGCGAGAGCGAGGAGGACAAGGACGCCAAGAACAGCGAGACAGCCAAGGAGAGUGACGAAACCGAUAGUGAGGACACUGACAACGAGGACACCGACAGAAAGGACACUGAGAACAAGAACAAUGACGAAAAGAAAGACAGCAAGGACACCGACAGAAAGGACACGGAGAGCAAGCACGCCGACAGCAACGCUGAACAGUCUACAGACGAGACGGACGGAGAGAGUGAGCCCAAGAAGCGCAAGGUGGCCGACGAGAACGGAGAUGACCAGGGUACCGAGGAGGAUGCCGACAGCGCCGAGAAAGCUGCAGAAACGGAGCGCGGCGAGGAGGAAGACGCCGAGAAGCAGGAGGGAGGCGAGGAGGAGAACAACGACGCUGCGGGGAAGGAGAGCGAGGAAGGAGACGACGAGGACGACUACAACCCUUUCACGAACGUCGUUCUCGUCAUGGAAAAAGACGAAAACGGCGAGUGGCGCUUGGUCGACGUGUUGAUCGAUGGCGAUGCGGAGGAAGAGGAGGAAGAGAAGACUGAAGACGAGGCUGAAGACGACACCGAGGACGACACGGAGGAAGACGAGCUGGUAGCUGCGUUUGCGGCGUUGUUUGACGACAAACAGGAGGCGAAAGUGCAAGCGGACCAAAUUGCGUCGCAAGAAGAUGGCCGGCAGAGUUUGAGAGAGGGAGCGGACGCCGAGGGCGAGAACAAGAAAGAGGGCGGCUUGAAGACGAAGGACGAGACGCGCGAAGACGAGAACAACGCGGCGGCCGAGGAGCGGGUGAACGGCGGGAUAGACGUUGAGGAGCACGCCAAAGUUGAGGAGGACGACGGGGAAGAUCCCGUCACCCUACACGUGAGUUUCAACAAGCAGAGCUACGACAUCAAGCUGCCCCUGUCGGCCAAGAUGUCCCGGCUCAAGGUAGCGGUAAUGGAGAAAACCGGAAUCGAGCCGCCAAUGCAGAAGCUUUGCUUUAAAGGCGCGGCCCAAGCGGACGACAACAAGAGCCUCCGGGACUCUGGACUCUCGGAUAACUCGAAGAUAUUGCUGGUGGGCUCGACCGUGAGGGAUCUUGACGCCGUGCUGCCUCCCAAGCCCCAGAAGAGUUCGCAAACCAGCCCAUUACUCAAGAGAGAGCCCUUCUGCAAACAGGCGAGACACAAGGCGAUAAUCGACGAUGGAGUUCCGGAUGACGCCUAUCCCGGUAUCGCCAAUUUUCACGAUAACCUUCCAAACGGGCCGAUCACUGGAAUGCUGAACAGUCAAAAGCAAAAGGUCCGGCUCACGUUGAGGCUCGCAGAGGAUCAGUUCUGGAUCAGCACAAAAGAGACGACAGAGAAGUAUUCCAUGAGCAAAGCCUUGGCCGUGGUCAGCCAACCCAUCGAGGGUCACGAAGAAUAUCACAUAAUGUUGGCCUUUAAUCUCCAGCAGCCUGCGGAUAUUAGCUGUGAGGGUAAGAGUCGUGCCCGCUUUUAUGUUCAUUCACGUCAAUUGGCAUCGAACUUUUCGAAGGCGCUUUCUGAUUGAGGUUAUAGAUGCGAACGAAUUGUGCUGACUGCUUAAAGCUACUUCGUAGCCAUAGCCAUAGGCGAAAAAGAACCACAUGUAAUGCAGAUGCGCAUUUAGAGCUAUAUGAGUUUUUCAGGCUGCAGCACGAGAUCAGUGAGUAAAAAGCUUGGCACAGGACAGGCCAAGAUGUAUGCAGCGAAAGACAACCAGGGUAAUAUGUCAUCAGCAAUUUCGUUUAUAUAGCAAAAGCAGCAGGAAUAUUCUAUAGCGACCUGUACAGUACCUCAGCCAUGCAACCUUGUAACCUUCCUUGUAAGCAGGGAAGACUAGUACACAGAGACUAGUCCUAUAACUAGCGAUGGAGUCAGAAUGGCUUUGCAAGACAUGUCCCGAGAGAACGCGGCCGGAGAAGAUGAA